GAGGAACUGAAAGAUGUGGAGCCUUUACUUGCUCCUCAUGUGCACUGCUGUGAGUUGGGUGACCGGUGAUGUAAUCUCUGUGUUCGGAUAUGAGGGCAGCGCUGUGAAGGUUCCCUGUCCAUAUGGUCGAGGAUAUGAGGAUUAUGAAAAGUACCUGUGCAAGCACGACUGCAAAGUUGAUGAUGACGUACUUAUUAAAUCAAAAGGAAAUAACAACAAAUACUCAACCGAUGAUAACAAAAGAGCAAGAACCUUCACAGUGACCAUCUCUGACCUUCGUCUUGAUGAUGCUGGAAAAUACUGGUGUGGAGUGACCAAAGACUUUACAGAUAUAUACAAGGAAGUAAAGCUGAACAUAAGACCAGACAGAUGUUCCAACACGGUGAAUAAAAUCCAAAAUAUUGAGGAAGGUUCAGUGACCAUCAGCUGUCCGUACGACUCUGAGUCUGUCGACAAGCUGAAGUUCCUCUGCAGAGGAAACCGGCCCUCCACAUGUCGACAGCAGGCAGUGAUCACCUCUAGCAACACACAAAAUGGACGAUUCAGACUCUCUGAUGACAGGAAGUCAAGAAUAUUCACAGUGACCAUUUCCAGUCUGACCCUGAAGGAUUCUGGGUCGUAUCUUUGUGGAGUCCAGAGAAACUCAGGAUUUGAUGUUUUCUCUGCUGUUGAACUGAAGGUCAAAGAUUUCUGUCUGAAGUCGUACCACAUCAGUGGCAUCGAGGGACGUCCAGUAACUCUGCAGUGUCCUAAUUCAGGACAACAACUUGAUAACAAGAAGUUCCUCUGUAAAGGAGACCAACACAACAACUGUACAGACAUGAUGGAGAACCAAACAAAGUUCAAGCUGCUCAAUGUCUCCUCCACCUGUUUCUCUGUGAUCAUCACUGAACUGGAAGCAGCUGAUGCAGGAACAUACUACUGUGGUUCAGACUCUCAGCUGAGAUUCAUAAAGAUACAGCUGGCAGUCGUCUCACUGCAUGAAACCAGCUCUGCUGAACAUGUUACAUCACAGCCACCAUCAUAUAAUCCUGAUCUGACCUUAUUUUACAUUCUGCGUGUCGUCCUGUUUCUGCUGUGGAUCCUGCCGUUUGUCCUUCUGAUGAUUCUUAAAAGAAAAUUGAAGCAACAAGAUAUCCAAAUGAUUGUAUUGAACACUUCUGAUGCUUCUAAGAACCCGAGGAUCAAUGAUAUUUGUGAAAAUCCAGUAGACAGCUCAACCUUUGCAUCAAAGCAUCAGGAGCAACGAUGAAGCUGCAGAAUCUCAACAUGUGAACCAAAGUCUCACCACAAAUGAAGAUAUUUAUUCUGAUUGUCGGAAAGCAAAAUGAUGAAAUGCACUGCAGAGGAAAUUAUUAUAUACAUUUCAAGCUAAUUUAAAGAUUUAGAUGCUAAUUGCUAAAUAUUUUAAUGAUGCAACUUGUUUUAUUACAGUAAGUUUCUCCACACAAUAAUAAAUAAGAGGUUUUUGAUGAACCAGCCUUUGUUUCUUUUUAAAUUAAGACUAAAUCAUGAAGGUGAUAAGGUUUUCUGCAGAGGAAAACCGUUUUUAUAACUGUAGUAUUUUCAUGCUCUUAAAUUGUUCUAGUAAUCUUUUUGUAUGU